GGAGCGAGCGCCGCGGCCAGCAGCACCAGCUCCGCUCCGCCGCCGCCGCUGCAGCCCGCCGCCCUCCGCGCGCAGACCCCGCCGGCCGGCCAGUCAGUGAGCCGCCUCCUGCCCGGCUUGACCCUGAGCCUCGCCUUCUCGCGCUGCGGCCGCCCGCGCCUCCUCGGCCGCCUGCCUGGCAUGAAGACCAAGUUCUGCACCGGGGGCGAGGCGGAGCCCUCGCCACUCGGGCUGCUGUUGAGCUGCGGCAGCGGCAGCGCGGCCCCGGCGUCCGGCGUAGGGCAGCAGCGCGACGCCGCCAGCGACCUCGAGUCCAAACAGCUGGGCGGGCCGCAGCCGCCGCUUGCGCUGCCCCCGCCGCCGCCGCCGCUGCCGGUGCUCCCGCUGGCGGCGGCCGACGAUCAGCCGGAGCCUCGGACACGGCGCAGGGCCUAUUUGUGGUGCAAGGAGUUCCUGCCUGGCGCCUGGCGGGGCCUCCGCGAGGACCAGUUUCACAUCAGUGUCAUCAGAGGUGGCCUCAGCAACAUGCUGUUCCAGUGCUCCUUACCUGAUACCACAGCCACCAUUGGUGAUGAACCUCGGAAAGUGCUCCUGCGGCUGUACGGGGCAAUUUUACAGAUGGUAUUUUUGAUAAAGCUGUGGAAUGGAAAGAGGUCCUGUAAUAAAGAGGGAUCCGAACAAGCUCAGAAAGAAAAUGAAUUUCAAGGGGCUGAGGCCAUGGUGCUGGAGAGCGUUAUGUUUGCCAUUCUCGCAGAGAGGUCACUUGGGCCAAAACUCUAUGGCAUCUUUCCCCAAGGCCGACUGGAGCAAUUCAUCCCGAGCCGCCGAUUAGAUUCUGAAGAAUUAAGUUUGCCAGAUAUUUCUGCAGAAAUAGCUGAAAAAAUGGCCACAUUUCAUGGCAUGAAAAUGCCAUUCAAUAAGGAACCAAAAUGGCUUUUUGGCACAAUGGAAAAAUAUCUAAAUCAAGUGCUGAGAAUUAAAUUUACUGAGGAAUCCAAAAUUAAACAGCUCCACAAAUUCCUCAGUUACAAUCUGCCUUUGGAACUGGAAAAUCUGAGAUCAUUGCUUGAAUCUACUCCGUCUCCAGUUGUAUUUUGUCAUAACGACUGUCAAGAAGGUAAUAUCUUACUUCUGGAAGGCCAAGAGAAUUCUGAAAAACAGAAACUGAUGCUCAUUGACUUCGAAUACAGCAGUUACAAUUACAGGGGAUUUGACAUUGGAAAUCAUUUCUGUGAGUGGAUGUAUGACUAUACCUACGAAAAGUACCCUUUUUUCAGAGCAAGCAUGCGGAACUAUCCCACCAAGAAGCAACAGCUCCAUUUUAUUUCCAAUUACUUGGCUGCAUUCCAGAAUGACUUUGAAAACCUCUGUAGUGAAGAAAAAUCCACUGUAAAAGAAGAAAUGUUACUUGAAGUCAAUAGGUUUGCCCUUGCAUCCCAUUUCUUCUGGGGACUUUGGUCUAUUGUACAGGCCAAGAUUUCAUCCAUAGAAUUUGGAUACAUGGACUAUGCCCAGGCAAGGUUUGAUGCCUAUUUUGACCAGAAGAGGAAGCUUGGGGUGUGACCCUGGGAAGGCCUCCAUCCACCUUGGCACUGGACGGCACAGGAGGUGGCUGAGCAGGGUCCCCUCUGUGCUCCGACUGCGCACCUGUGGCGGGAAGGCUCUGGAUGUCUCACUACUGAACACAGAUGUGUAUGAUACUAAAGACUGUAUUAAAGCGGGCUAACAUUUAUUUCACAUCUUGUCUGCGAUUUCACGGGACUCUGAGAUUGGGAAACAAGUAACAGUCUAGUAGUGCGGUAGUGAGUGUCUCUGAGUUCUUUCUUCUAGAGAAGGCAUUUUAUAUUUGGGGUUAAGGCUUUCAUCAGAUUCGGCAAACAGCCACAGUGAACAGUGGCACUGCAGGUACUCUGGUUAAUGUUGAUUUUACAGAUUUUUCAUUCAUGUGCUGGUGAACAUUGUGACCAGGCUUCUUGUAGAUGACAAUGUAUUAUAGACACUCACAUUCCCAGAGACAUACUGUGAAGUGACUAGUCAUAGCUGCAGGGCGGCCUUUCCCGUGGCCAGAAGCUGCUCUUUCACCCUUAUGGUCCAAAUGGCAGAAGCUGGAGAAGCAGAUGGCACAGGAGCCACCCACUGUGCAUGGGAGCUGUGGCCUCUCUGUGCCUCUUACACAUAUUUCGCUAAACUGAUGAGUUUCUUUGCCUGUAUGGAACCUCUGCCGGGCCCCUCCUAACCAUGUCUGUGGGGCAGUGUUGGGGCCUCCUGUCUCCCCUCAUCAGAGCAGGCUGCCUGGCUCAGCUUUCCGGGCCUUUCUUUCCUCCCCUCAGCUCAGCCUGCAGCUUAGGACCCUGUGACGGGGGCUGGUUUCCUCCGGUGGGUUCUGCCCCAGGGUCCCUGUGCCUCCUGCUGCAGCUAGGUCCCUGCCACUAGCUUUCCUGGUCCUCACUUUUCCUGGUGUCCUUGAUGUCAUUUGUGUGGGAAACACCAGCCAGCGUGUGGGGCGUGGAGAGAGUACAGCUGUGAAAUCGUAUAUAUGACAUGUCCUAUGGGAUAAAUUCAUAGCAGACUUUUUUUUAACUCUUAUUUGAAUUGUUUUUUGUUCAUAUAUUUCUGCUACCACAGAGAUUGUACUAUAUAAAUAAAUAAAUUAAUUAAAAACCCA